UCUCACAAAGAAGUGCUGGUACAUGUUUAAAUUGGUCCUGCAAGGAAGAGGUUGACCUCUGUCCUCAAACCUCGUUCUAGGCACACGCUGCGCAUAUUUGCAUAAACCAAAAGACAUGGCAUCAUUGAGUGGGUUACCAAACGUGGGUUCUUCUGGUGGUGGCUUCAACUUGGUUAACAAAGAGGGUACAAAAGUCAAUGCAAAGUUUGAGCUGAAGCCGCCACCUUAUCCACUGAAUGCUUUGGAGCCAAUUAUGAGUCAGCGGACACUUGAAUAUCAUUGGGGGAAGCACCACAGAAGUUAUGUGGAAAAUCUGAAAAAACAAAUUGUUGGGACAGAGCAUGAUGGGAAGUCACUAGAAGACAUAAUAGUUACAUCAUACAAUAAGGGUGACCUUCUUCCAGCUUUCAACAAUGCAGCACAGGUCUGGAACCAUGACUUUUUCUGGGAGUGCAUGAAACCAGGUGGUGGUGGAAAGCCAUCAGGGGAUCUUUUAAAACUGAUUGAAAGAGACUUUGGUUCAUUUGAAAAAUUCCUUGAUGAGUUUAAGACUGCUGCUGCAACACAAUUUGGUUCAGGUUGGGCUUGGCUUGCAUAUAAUAUAGUAACUCCUUCUCCAUCGGAUGAGGGCAACAAGCUAGUAGUGCUCAAGAGUCCCAAUGCUGUGAACCCCCUUGUUUGGGGGGCUUAUUAUCCACUCCUUACCAUUGAUGUUUGGGAGCAUGCUUACUACCUUGACUUUCAGAACCGACGCCCUGAUUAUAUAUCAGUGUUCAUGGACAAGCUUGUUUCCUGGGAUGCAGUGAGCUCUAGACUUGAACAAGCUAAGGCUUUAAUUGCCAAGGCAGAGAUUUAAUCUGCUAUGUGAUGCUGAAUUGGAUGCGGAAAAAGUGAAUUGUUUUUAUCUAGAAAGUGUAAGAUGACAUGAUCUUUGCGCUAUAGUAGGUGUAAUAAUCACUCCAUCCUGCAGAUUAUGUUCUAUGAUCAGAAAUCUUAAUAAAACUUAUCCCA